GGUAGUACCCCAUUUUCCAAUUUGCUUAGCCUCACGGCGGGCCCAUGGUGGAAGGGAAUUUGGAAUUAAAGGGAAAAUAUAUCGCUAAAUCGACCAUUCGAUUUUAUCUUAUAAGUACACACAGUACCUAAGCUUAUAAAUGAUUUAAGAAUGGAAAACGAAUGACGAGACUGGACGUUAGCGAGUAAUAAACUCUGAAGCGGUGGGUGGUGUGCGCACCUCCGAAGUCUGACCUGAAGGCCGCUCCGUCUACCUCUUCUGCAGCGACCUUGUUUUGGGUCAUCCUCUGGAAUCAGUUCAGAUGCCCUGGGUGGUUCGGACAAAGGAUCCGCUUCGGGAAAGUUGUAUUCCUGGUCGUAGUGUUGGUGUUUGCAGCGAGGCUGCAGUUGACUGACCCACUGAACAAUGGCUCAGUUUCCCACGCCCUUCGGAGGAGGUCUGGACGCCUGGGUGAUCUCUUUGGACGAGCGAGCCAAACAUGACCAGCAGUUUGUCAGCCUGGCCCCCUCACCAGCUGGCUACAUCACAGGUGACCAGGCCAGGAAUUUCUUCCUGCAGUCAGGCCUGCCCCCUCCCAUCCUGGCACAGAUAUGGGCCCUGGCCGAUAUGAACAAUGAUGGGAAGAUGGACAUGCACGAGUUCUCCAUCGCCAUGAAGCUGAUCAAGCUCAAGCUGCAGGGUCACCCCCUGCCCCCCUCUCUGCCCCCCUCCAUGUUGCAGCCGCCCCUCACCCUGCCCCCGCCACCCACCGCACCCUUUGGAAUGCAUGGUUUAGGGGUAAUGCCAGGCCUCCCAGCUGUCCCUCCAUUACCCAUGCCCCCUAUGCCAGGGGUGGGUAUGUCCCCCCCUCUGGUGUCGUCGGUUCCCCCGUCUGUACCCCCCUUGGCCAACGGAGCGCCAAUGACGGGCUUCUCCCACCCAGCCACCACACUCAACAAAAGCUCUUCUUCCAACCGCUCCGGUGCCAAGAUGCAGGGCCAGUCUUUUGAGACUUCUAGCUCCCCUGUGCCCCCCCAGCCUCCCACUGACUGGGCUGUUCCCAGCUCGUCCCGGCUAAAGUACCGGCAGCUCUUCAACAGCCACGACAAGAUGAUGAGCGGCCACCUCACCGGACCCCAAGCAAGAACCAUCCUGAUGCAGUCCAGCUUGCCCCAGACCUCGCUGGCAUCCAUAUGGAACCUGUCGGACAUCGACCAGGACGGCAAGCUGACGGCCGAGGAGUUCAUCCUGGCCAUGCACCUGAUUGACAUGGCCAUGUCCGGCCUGCCCCUGCCCCCUAUCCUGCCCCCAGACUUCAUCCCCCCCACCUUUAGGAGGGUACGUAGUGGUAGCGGGGUGUCUGUCACCAGCCUGCACUCCACUGACCAGCGGGUCCAAGAGGAGGCCGAAGAGGAGCAGGAGAGCGAGAAACAGAAGCUGGAGAAACUGACUUUCGAGGACAGGAAGCGGGAGAACUUUGAGCGGGGCAACCUGGAGCUGGAGAAGCGUCGACAGGCCCUGCUUGAGCUGCAGCGCAAGGAGCAGGAGCGUCUGGCGGCGCUGGAGCGCGAGGAGCAGGAGAGGAAGGAGCGCGAGCGGCUCGAGCAGGAGAGGCGGCGGCAGCAGGAGCUGGAGAAGCAGCUGGAGAGGCAGAGGGAGAUGGAGAGGCAGCGGGAGGAGGAAAGACGCAAGGAGAUUGAGAGGAGAGAGGCGGCAAAGCGGGAGAUGGAGCGUCAGCGUCAGUUGGAGUGGGAGAGGAACCGCCGGCAGGAGCUGCUGACCCAGAGGAACCGAGAGCAGGAGAACAUUGUCCUGCUCAAAGCCCGCAAAAAGACCCUGGAGUUAGAGCUGGAGGCACUGAACGACAAGAAGAGCCAGCUGGAGGGCAAGCUGCAGGACAUCCGCUUCCGCCUGUCUGCCCAGCGGCAUGAGAUCGAGAGCACCAACAAGACCCGCGAGGUCCGCAUCGCUGAGAUCACCCACCUCCAACAGCAGCUGCAGGACUCUCAGCAUUGGCUCGGCAGGCUGAUCCCUGACAAACAGUGUCUAAACGAACAACUCAAACAGGUUCAGCAGAACAGCCUGCACAGAGACUCCCUGUCGUCGCUGCAGAAGGCGUUGGAGGUCAAGGAGUCUAGUCGGCAGCAGCUGAGAGAACAGCUUGACACCGUGGAGAGAGAGACCCGCUCCAAGCUGCUGGAGAUAGAUGCCUUCAACACCCAGCUCAAGUCUCUGGCUGUGUUCUAUCAGGGCCACACUGCCCGGAUAGAGGGCCUCCGUCUGGAGCUGCUGCUGGAGGAGCAGAGGGGGCGACAGGAGCUCCGAGAGAUCCACAGCAAGCAGCAGAGGCAAAAGCAGAAGGAUCACCUGGAGGGAGAAAUCAACAUCCAAGCCAUCGCCCAGGAGAGGGCCAAGUCCGCCGAGCUCACAGACGGAAGGUUGUCUGCCACUGACGAGGGCCUGGCGUGGCGAGAUGAGGGCACGGUGGAGGCCCCCACCCCACCCCCCCAGCCCUGGAUGAAGCGCGUGAGUGAGGAGGAGGGGCGCACUAAGAAGGACAUGCAGGACAAACUCAACCAGCUCUUCAUGCAGCAGCCUGAACCAGGGAAACUCAUGAACCAGAGCCCGUGGCCCACGGGCGACAAGAUUCCGGUGACUGGGUUCAACCAGGACAAGGUCAAGGUGGUCUUCUACCGGGCGCUGUACCCCUUUGAUGCCCGCAGUCACGAUGAGAUCACCAUCACCCCCGGAGACAUUGUCAUGGUGAAAGGGGAGUGGGUGGACGAGUCCCAGACAGGUGAGCCAGGCUGGCUGGGCGGCGAGCUGAAGGGGAAGACGGGCUGGUUCCCUGCUAACUACGCAGAGAAGAUCCCAGAAACAGAGGUUCCCAUGAGCCUGCGGGCCAGUGCUGCCACCACGGGCGCUGCGCCCAAACUGGCCUCACGGCUCACACCCACCGCCGUCUCCACCACACCCACGCCACCCAGCCAGCCAAUGGCAACCCCUCCCCCGGCAACAGCUCCCCCUGCCCCUGGUCCCUGCCCUGGCCCUGGUCCCGCCUCUUCCUCCUCCUCUGCAUCUAGUAACUGGGCAGAUUUCAGCACCACAUGGCCGUCCACCAGCUCUGUAGAGAAGACUGAGACUGGGGAGGGCUGGGACGCUUGGCCCACCCAGCCAUCUCUCUCUGUGCCCAGUGCCGGGCCCGGGGGCCAGCUGCGCCAGCGCUCUGCCUUCACACCCGCCACCCUCACUGGCUCCUCUCCGUCUCCCGUCCUGGGACAGGGGGAGAAGGUGGAGGGCUUGCAGGCCCAGGCACUGUACCCAUGGCGGGCCAAGAAGGACAACCACCUCAACUUCAACAAGAGCCACGUGAUCACAGUGCUGGAGCAGCAGGACAUGUGGUGGUUCGGCGAGGUGCAGGGCCAGCGGGGCUGGUUCCCCAAGUCCUACGUCAAGCUCAUCUCUGGCCCCGUACGCAAGUCCAUGAGCAUUGAGUCUGGCUCGUCCGACAGCCCCCCGAUCAUGAAGAGACCCACCCCGUCCCCUACCAAGUCCAUGGACCCAGGAGAAGAAUACAUAGCCAUGUACACCUACGAGAGCAACGAGCAGGGCGACCUGACCUUCCAGCAGGGCGACGUCAUCGUGGUCACCAAGAAGGAGGGCGACUGGUGGACGGGCGUGGUCUCAGGCAAGACGGGGGUAUUCCCUUCCAACUACGUCAAACCCAAGGACUCUGAGGGACUGGGACCCGCAGGGAAGACUGGAAGCCUGGGGAAGAAGCCCGAGAUAGCCCAGGUCAUCGCCCCGUACACGGCCACGGGGGCCGAGCAGCUCACCCUGGCGCCCGGCCAGCUCAUCCUCAUCAGGAAGAAGAACCCGGGGGGCUGGUGGGAAGGGGAGCUGCAGGCUCGGGGAAAGAAGCGGCAGAUUGGCUGGUUCCCGGCCAACUACGUGAAGCUCCUGAGCCCCAGCACCAGUAAGACCACGCCCACAGAACCCACACCCCCCAAGCUGCCAAUGCCCAGUGCAGGUAGGGGCCAGGAGCAGGGAUCUGACGGGGGCCCGCCAGGGCCUUGGGGCCCCUCCUUGACUCAACAUAUGACGGCAGUGUGUCAGGUGAUUGGCAUGUACGACUACAUGGCGCAGAAUGAUGACGAACUGCCCUUUGGGAAGGGCCAGAUCAUCAAUGUGCUGAGCAGGGAAGACCCUGAUUGGUGGAAAGGCGAGCUGAACGGUUCCGUGGGCCUCUUCCCCUCCAACUACGUCAAACUGACCACCGACACAGACCCCAGCCAACAAUGGUGCGCGGACCUGCACCUGCUGGACAUGCUGACCCCCGUUGAGAGGAAGAGACAGGGCUACACGCACGAGCUCAUCGUCACCGAGGAGAACUAUGUCAAUGACCUGCAGCUCGUCACCGAGGUCUUUCAGAAGCCUCUGCUGGAGUCGGAGCUGCUGACAGAGAAAGAGGUGGCCAUGAUCUUCGUCAACUGGAAGGAGCUCAUCAUGUGUAACAUCAAGCUGCUCAAGGCUCUGAGGGUUAGGAAGAAGAUGUCGGGCGAGCGGAUGCCGGUGAAGAUGAUUGGAGACAUCCUGACGGCCCAGCUGCCCCACAUGCAGCCCUACAUCCGCUUCUGCAGCUGCCAGCUCAACGGAGCCACGCUCAUCCAGCAGAAGACCGACGAGGUGCCUGAGUUCAAGGACUUUGUCAAGAGACUGGCCAUGGACCCAGGUUGUAAGGGAAUGCCCCUCUCCAGCUUCCUCCUCAAACCCAUGCAAAGGGUGACGCGCUACCCCCUCAUCAUCAAAAAUAUCCUAGAGAAUACUCCGGAGGCUCACCCGGACCAUAGCCAUCUGAAGCAGGCUCUGGAGAAGGCUGAGGAGCUGUGCUCCCAGGUCAACGAGGGUGUCAGGGAGAAGGAGAACUCUGACCGGCUGGAGUGGAUCCAGGCCCACGUCCAGUGUGAGGGGCUGUCUGAGCAACUCGUGUUCAACUCGGUGACCAACUGCCUGGGCCCGCGCAAGUUCCUGCACAGCGGCAAACUCUACAAGGCCAAGAGCAACAAGGAGCUGUAUGGCUUUCUAUUCAACGACUUCCUCCUGCUGACUCAGAUCAUCAAGCCCCUGGGCUUCUCGGGCUGCGACAAGGUGUUCAGUGCCAAGUCCCACCUGCAGUACCGCAUGUACAAGACCCCCAUCUUCCUGAACGAGGUGUUGGUGAAGCUGCCUACAGAUCCCUCGGGAGAUGAGCCCAUCUUUCACAUCUCCCACAUCGACAGGGUCUACACCAUCCGGGCCGAGAGUAUCAACGAGAGGACUGCUUGGGUGCAGAAGAUCAAGGCAGCUUCGGAGCUCUUCAUCGAGACAGAGAAGAAGAAGAGGGAGAAGGCUUACCUGGUUCGCUCACAGAGGGCCACGGGCAUCGGCCGGCUGAUGGUAAACAUUGUGGAGGGCAUCGAGCUGAAGCCCUGCCGCUCCCACGGUAAGAGCAACCCGUACUGCGAGGUGACGAUGGGUUCCCAAUGCCACAUCACCAAGACCCUGCAGGACACGCUCAACCCCAAGUGGAACUCCAACUGUCAGUUCUUCAUCAAGGACCUGGAACAGGACGUGCUGUGUGUCACCGUGUUUGAGAGAGACCAAUUCUCUCCUGACGAUUUCUUAGGCAGGACAGAGAUCCGUCUGGCGGACAUUAAGAAGGACCAGGGCUCCAAAGGGCCCAUCACCAAGAGGCUGCUGCUCCACGAGGUGCCCACAGGAGAGAUUGUCGUACGACUGGACCUGCAGCUCUUCGAGGAGCCCUAGCCCAUCCCAGUUCAUCCCAGCCCUGCUCAGCUCAGCCGAACCCAGCCUAGCCUAACACCCAUAUACUGUACCCCCCCCCCUCCCCAAAACCCGUUAUCCCUGCCCGAAGACUCACCAAGCUCUAGUGACAAUCCCCAACGGCCCAGCCCCACACUCGCGUGUGUGUGUGUGUGUGUGUGUGUGUGUGUGUGUGUGUGUGUGUGUGUGUGUGUGUGUGUGUGUGUGUGUGUGUGUGUGUGUGUGUGUGUGUGAAUGAAUGUCUGCAGAAGGGUUUUAAUUAUGUUGUGGGUUUUUUUCUCCUCUUUAUGAUUUGUAUCAUUAUGGUGUAUAUAUGAUAUCAUGAUUCCACUAUUAUUUGAUUGAACAAAAUGAUGAAGCAUUCCACAGCUAAUCUAAAAUCUCAAAGGCCGUCUUAUAACGCAAUGAACCUUUGAGACAUGAUAUACUGUGGAGAAAUGUUUGAACAACACAUAUGAUCAUUGCUUGUGCAUUGUAUGUCUUAAAGAGCCACCCUGUGGCAUUAACACCUGGGGCGUGUUCAUUAGUAAACAAGCGGAAGAAAACGGACAAACCGGGCGAGACUCCCUUGUCCAAUAAUAAACGUUAAUUUUCUUUUCACGUUGCAACACGUUUUAAAAUGCCUUCCGUUGUGUGGCCAAAUGAACACCACCCAGGUGACCACACUUGUUGUGCCAUCCCUGUGACAACAUACGGCAACCUCCCAUAUAACCUUUGACACUGUGUUCAUGUUUAUAAACAUACGGCUAUUAUGUCAUUGCAGGUCAGACAAUUUCAAAAGCUUGUCUGAAGCCCAUCUAAUAAUUCCCCUGGUUGUUUUAGCUGGAACCUCUUCCCUUGUAUUUCUUUCAUUCAAACGUGACCCAGGUUUCGAGUUAUUUGUUCGUUUCUGUGUACGUCUGUUUGAGACCUGGGUACAAAAGCAGGUACAGUACAUAAGUGAAUGUGAGGAGGAGAGCUAUACUUUGUGAUAUACCUUCAAAGGUUUGGUGAGACACUUUGGAAAAAUGUGUUAGGGAAUUAAAGAGCUGUUGUGUUAGUAUACUACAGUAUGCUGAGACUGAAAAUGAAGCUAUUAGCAAUCUUUACACUGUAUCUUUAUAUGGUCCACAUAUUGAGCAUUGUGUUUUAGAUUGGAAAUUCAAAUGAAAGGCCAGACGAAAUGUUUGGGUGUAUUUGAAACAUUACAGAAGUACUGUACGAAAGUACACGCUAUCAAAUUGGCUUAGCCCAAAAUAUAUUGUUGUACGGUUUGAAGGAAAUUGAAGAGCAGAUUUCCUGUUUUCUAAAUGAUGUGUAAAUGAGUGCCGAUUUCUAGUUACAUUUGCAGCGUAGGCCAAGAUGAUGGAGUAGCAAUGUACUAAAAAUUAUUCGUUUUUUGAUGGUUAGAAGAAUCAUACGGUGAUGUCAGGAAUGUUUUUGUACUUGUUCCGAAAAAUUCUGUUACUUUCAACGCAUUCAUAUCUUCACGUUUUGUAUGUAUAUUUUAGUUGUUUUAAUUAAAUUUUUUCGUACGGCAAAAAAGCACCAUUUAAUAUAGAGUGCUAUAUUUAUGUGUUGGAAAGCCAUUUUGUAGGUGUUUUGGAGACUGCGGUCAGGCUUUGUUAUGAUGGACAUAUUCCGCCAAUGCUGUAACUGUUUGUGAAGAGGAGGCAUUUCAGGUUAAUUCAAUGUGGGUCUCAAAUGAAUAUAUUUCCUUUGCAAGAGAACAGGAAUUAUUUUUUUUGUUUUGUGUGGCACUGUGUUCAGUUGAACAACACUGUAUGACAUAUUUAUUGACGUUAAGACCAUUCGGACAAAAGGGAAAUAUCAGCCUCCAGGUUGCUGCAAUAUGCAAUCUACUCCGAGGUAUGAGACCAUUUGAAUCUUUCAUAGGGUCUUAUCUGUUCUUUUGUUCUUUAUGGCGACCCUCCCAUUAUCUUGGGUUCCGCGUUCGAAAGGAGAUGUACAAGGAUAUCCGAAGGCAGCAGAGACGACUGACUUCAGUCUGUUAAGUCUGACAAUGUUAGCAUAGUUUGUCUAAUGUUAGUUUAAUGUAUGUUGUUGUUGUUACCAGCUAUGUGUCCGUGUAGAUAAUGUACAAAUACUAGUGAAAUUCCACUGCCGUGUUAGUGAGAGUGGUCAAGGAGAACUGCGUUUGCAGAGCCUGUGUUCCUUAUGUGUAUGUCUAGGAGGGAGUGAGUAACAUUAACUUACUAUUCUCGAGUGCUUUUGGGUUUGUGCUGGGUCUCUAUUCAAGUUGGAGGACUUAGAUUAUAGCGUGCGACCUGUACCGCCACUCCUUCCCGGUUACCCCACAGUAGUGCCCUUUUAACGUUCACUCUAAAACCAGUGAUGGUCUCUCUUCUUUUUAAUGAGCAAAGUCUUAACUGAUAAAAAGUACAGUAUGUGAAUAUGUUGAAAUAUUUGAAAGGAGUAUAAGUAAUAUAUUACAACAACUAGCGUAGAAUAAUGUUGAUGACAAUGUAUUGUUAUCAAGGUAUGAGAAGUGUAUUGUCUUUAAAUGUUGAAAAUAAAAUUAGAUUGGACCAAUGAGUUUGA